GACAUUUGCGCAUGCGCGCAGCUGACUCUCCGGUAAUCCGCCGUCUUGGAGCGGAUCCCAUCCGCGUUCGCUGCGCUCUCGCUUUUGGCGAGGUGAGAAUGAAAAAAUGUGGCAAGCCAUAUGCAAGGGGACGAAAGGAGUGUUUUGAUGGGAGCCACCCAAGUGGAGGCAUUCGCUAGACGCGUGGGACAGAGCGCAGAGAGGAAGAAGAAGAAGAAGCAGCGGCGGUCUUGCUGCAUUCAAGCAGAAAACAGCGAGACCGGAGCGAGCAUGUCUGCUUGUAAAAGACAGUCACGUUUGCAUAUUCAGUCUGCAAACGCUUCUGCCGGGAAAUGAUCGCCUCCCAAAGGAGAUCCGGUGGGAGAUGGUUUGAAUCUUGACUUCCCCGUUGAAGGACCAAGCAUGAGCCUGCACAGACUGGCGAGGCAUGUCCAAAGGUAUGCGAGAGGAAUUAGGAGCGACAUUGUGGAGGGAAGCCUAAAGUCAACAAGACAGACAAUUAGGAAACAACACUGUGAGAAAUUCUCCAAUGGAAUGACAGAUUUAAGGGUUUAAGAACUCAACGAAGUCCUUAUAACGAUACUGGAAAGUUUAACAAAAAAGUUGAGUUGUGGUGUUCUGACAACACCUUCUUCUCCAACCAAUUGUUGCUAUCACUACGGUGAUGGGGAGCUCGGCCUCGUCCCUCACCGCAGAGACCGAGUCGGACCAUGGUUUCCGUAGCAACCCCUACCCUCCGUCACCCCCGGUGGGCUGGCUCAGGACCAGUCACAGCAGCCCAGUGUGGGGUUCCACCUUCAUCACGCGCCAACAGCAGCAGCACCAACCGCCUCCCCGACCUCACCGAGAGCGUAGCCACUCCCACUCUCCUGGGUCCAUGGCAGCUGCAGUGCGUGGCAGUGAGUGGUCAUGCGGACGCUGCACCUUCUUAAAUGUCGGUGGCGCACCUCGCUGUUCGAUCUGUGAGGCGCCUCGCCAGAAGCCUGACCUUAAUCAGAUCCUUCGCCUGAGCAGUAGCGAGGAGCACCGCUGGGCUUGCCCCCGCUGUACCCUCAACAACCCUCAGGGAUCAAGAGCCUGCUCCGUCUGCGGUUUCGGACCAUCCUCCACCACCCCUGCACCUGCCGUCACAACCAUAGCUGCCACCUCAAACGGUCUCCCCCCUGCUCCUACUCCAGAACCCCCUACGGCUACCGUCACACCCACAGUGCUUUCAGAACCCCAAGGUCAGGUUCCCGUAAAGGAGGACAUGUUGAGACGGUCAGAGAGCAACGGGGAAGUGGGCGGCCUGGAGCAGCAGCAGUCGGGGUGGGCAUGCCCUCGCUGCACGCUUCACAAUACACCGGUCGCAUUGUCAUGCUCAGCUUGUGGUGGACCCAGGAAACUGUCAUUACCCAAAAUCCCCCCUGAGGCACUGGUGGUACCAGAGAUUCGCACUCCUGUACUCGGAUUUCCUGUGGCCUCAGCAGUGUCUCCCCCUUUGAUCAUUGACCUAACUGAUGAAUCACCCCCAGCUCCUCCCUGUGAACCCCAAGAACCUCCUCAUGUGCCCUCUUCAGCAUUUACUCCUUUUUCCUCCCUCCAAAACAAUCCUGUGCCACGAAGUAGGAGAGAGGUGCCCCCAACUGGGCGACCACCAAACCAAGGUACUAACACUCCGAGUCCCACCUCUCCUUCAAGUUCGAGUGUGCUUCCCCAACCUGCCCCCCAGCGACCUGGCAAACCCAAACAUGCCCAACCCCAGGAGCCCCCAUACCCCAAUAAGCGCCUCAGUAUCUUAGAAGAAGAAGACCCUCAAAAGACUCCCCAGGCUGCCCACCACACUUCCACAGGAGUCCCCACCUGGAAGUGCCCAGGCUGCUGUAUGGUUAACCCAGGUGGCUCGUCUAAAUGUGAAACCUGCCGAUCAUCACGGGCCGGUGCCGACCUAAUAGAUUUAGGUUGCGAGAUGGUGCGGUUCACCCCGGCUAGCCCUUCUAGCCCAGACUUCAGCACAUGGGCCUGCUCCAAGUGCACCCUGCGCAAUCCCACAGGCGCUCCAAAGUGCUCUGCCUGUGGGUCGUCCAAGCUGCACGGCUUUCAGGAGCAGCAAGCGCCCCUUCCUCGCUGCUGUGCACACUGUGGCCUGGUCCUCUCUGGGCCUGGCACAGUAUGCUCCUGCACGCCCACCUCUUCUUCAUCCUCCACGGGUCAUAAAUCAAGGAAACAGGGCAGAGGUUUUUCUUCCUCAUCUUCGGCUGUGGCCUCUUCUAGUUCUUCCUCUUCUUCAUCCAUCUCAUCCACCCUUCAGGAGAGACCUGGGCAGUGGAGUUGCCCAGCGUGUACGCUGCUCAAUGACAUCAAGGCCAAGAACUGUGCGGCAUGCCACACACCCCAGCAGUACCUCACCCUUCGGAAGGUGAUCAAGCCCCUUAAGAGGCGGGAGAGCAUGCAUGUCGAGGCCCGUCGGCGGAACGAUGAGGGUGAAGCCAAAGAGCUCUGGGAAAACAUUGUCAGCUUCUGCAGAGAGAACACGGUCAACUUUGUGGACGACAGCUUCCCCCCGGGCCCUCGAUCGGUCGGCUUCCCGGAGGGCGACAGCGUCCAGCAGCGAAUCAAAAAGUGGCUCCGCCCCCACGAGAUCAAAUGCAGCAACUUCAAAGACCGAGGCGUCAAGUGGUCCGUUUUCCGCACGCCACGACCCUCUGACAUCCUCCAAGGGCUGCUGGGAAACUGCUGGUUCUUAAGCGCUCUGGCUGUGCUGGCCGAGCGUCCCGAGCUGGUGGAGAGGGUGAUGAUCACAAGGACGAUUUGCACCGAGGGAGCCUACCAAGUUCGCUUGUGCAAGGACGGGACGUGGACGACAGUGCUGGUGGAUGACAUGCUGCCGUGUGACGACUACGGCUUCCUCCUCUUCUCCCAGGCACAGAGGAAGCAGCUGUGGGUGGCCCUCAUCGAGAAGGCCCUGGCCAAGCUCCACGGCUCCUACUUUGCCUUGCAGGCAGGGCGCGCCAUUGAGGGUUUGGCCACGCUGACCGGGGCUCCGUGCGAUUCGCUAAUGCUGCAGGUCAGCUCCACCAACCCGCGGGAGGAGCCUAUUGAUACGGACCUGAUCUGGGCCAAGAUGCUCAGUUCCAAGGAAGCUGGGUUUUUGAUGGGCGCCUCAUGCGGGGGAGGCAACAUGAAGGUGGAUGAUGCCGUCUACGAGUCUCUGGGUCUGCGACCGCGCCAUGCCUACUCCAUAUUGGAUGUACGAGAUGUCCAAGGAUACAGGUUGUUGCGACUCCGUAACCCAUGGGGUCGAUUCUCGUGGAACGGCAGCUGGUCGGACGAGUGGACCGACUGGCCGCAGCAUCUGCGUCACGAGCUGAUGGCGCACGGGAGCAGCGAGGGCGUAUUUUGGAUGGAGUACACUGACUUCAUCAAGUAUUUCGACUCGGUGGAUAUCUGUAAGAUCCACUCGGACUGGCAGGAGGUGCGACUCCAGGGAUGCUUCCCGAGCAAGGCCAGCGGGCCGGUCACUGUCAUGGCCCUCACUUUGUUGGAAAGGACGGCGCUGGAGUUUGCUCUUUUCCAGGAAGGAAGCAGGCGCUCAGACACGGCCGACAGUCACCUUCUGGAUUUGUGCAUCAUGGUGUUCCGGGCCUCCUUCGGGAGCAGCAACAAGCUGACCCUGGGCCGCCUGUUGGCGCACAGCAAGCGAGCGGUGAAGAAAUUUGUUGGCUGCGAUGUGAUGCUGGAGCCCGGGGAAUACGCCGUGGUGUGCUGCGCUUUUAACCACUGGCAGAUGAACGUGAGCGGGUCGGGAGGGCCGCCCACCCCCAUCUCCAGCCCGACCAGCGGAGCUCAACGGCGGCCCAGUCAGGACUUCCCCGGCUACAUCCUGGCCAUCUACAGCUCUCGGCAGGUGAUGGUGGAGCAGGUGGAGGCGGCCGCGACCACGUUGGCCGACGCCAUUAUCCUCCUGACGGAAAACAAAGGCGAACGCCACGAGGGCCGCGAGGGGAUGACGUGCUACUAUUUGACGCACGGCUGGGCGGGGCUCAUCGUGGUGGUGGAAAACCGUCACCCCAAGUACUACCUCCACGUCUCCUGCGACUGCACGGACAGCUUCAACGUGGUGUCGACGCGCGGCAGCCUCAAGACCAUCGACAGCGUGCCGCCUUUGCACCGGCAGGUGCUGGUGGUGCUCUCCCAGCUGGAAGGAAACGCCGGCUUCUCCAUCACGCACCGGCUGGCUCACCGCAAAGCUGCCCAGGCGUCCCUGGGCGACUGGACGCCCACCAAAGCCACCCACAGCCCCCAGCUCACCCCGGACAUCGACGGCCUGCACCGCCCCAGGCCGCUAUGACCACCGUCCCAACGUGGCGCACCCGAACGGUCGGAGCACUGGAACGCCGGGCGAGCGGCACGUGCGGCACUAGAAACUCGCGGACAAAGAUGCGGCCGCGGCGCGCGUCUGAAUGUAUUCAUCAACACUGAAGCUAUCUUCUGGCCCCUCAGGAUGAACGAGGGCGGACUCGCUCAGCUCUCAAGGCCCCCACUGACCUGUUUCAAGUGUCAAAAUGCGUCCGGUACGAGCGCUGUAUGUGGAUUCCCAGUGCUGUAAACUACUGAGCCAUUUGCAGGACCGUUUUAUUUUUCAUUUUUCUUUCACUUUCCGCCCACUCGGUAAAACAACCAAGGGGGGAGGGCUGGGGUCACUUGCUGUAUCUCACCCGGCCUACAAUAAGGUACUUAGCUAUCGAGCCAAACCUAAUUUUUUUUUUUUUUUUUUAAAAACAAGCACGAAGAUUUUGACCAUAAAGGUACAGUAUCAGUCUUACACGUUUCAUCCAUAUAGUUUCACGGUGCAUGUUCGAAGGUCUUGGGAAAAUUCACAAUCUUUUGUCUCUAACUCAGGACCAAAAGUGUGUCAUUUGUACCGGAAUACAGUGAGCCCCCACCCCCGCCAACCGCCAUUUGGAAUUUUACAAAUUCACCUACUUUGGCACCCAUCUCAUGAGACCUUGUGGCCAAAGAACUAUAUUGAAGUAAGAGGAGGAGCUUCUUUUAGUCAGUGUUUUGUCACCAUUUCUUAGCAGCUGCAAAUGUUUUUCGCUGGCCUCGGUUGGUGGUUCACUGUACCGCAUUUUAUCUGAAUGAUCAGAGGUGGAUAAUUCCCAUUCGAGAUAGCGGACAUGGCAUCUUUUAUACUUUAUCUUUUAUCAAAGAAGCGCUCUUCCUCCAAAGCAAGUAGCGCGAUGAUGCUUUUUAUCCUGAGGAAGACAAGAGUGGGCUUUCCUGUUUUCCGGCAUAGGGAAGCAAAUGCUGUCAUUUUUCCACCCUUCUACCAGUAUACUCCCUCUCUCGCCUCCGGACAAGUCCAAACCAUCGAAGUCUGCUCUCUCGAACCUUGUCUCCAAAACAUCCAACUUCGGCUCUCCCUCUAAUGAGCUCAUUUCUAACCCUAUCCAACUUGUUCGCACCAAGCGAGAACCUCGGCAUCUUCCUUUCUGCCACCUCCAGUUCUGCUUCCUGUUGUUUCUUCAGCGCCACCACACCAGACACCCUCCGCCAACUGUUCCACCCCGCUUGGACCUGUUUCUUCACUUCCUUCCUCACUCACCAUUUGUCUGUAUUGUUGACCCCAAGUAUUUGAAGUCGUCCACCCUCGCUAUCUCUUCUCCCUGGAGCUUCACUCUACCUCGUCUGUCAGCCUAUCCAUUACUAUCGCAAACAGGAAGGGGCUCGGCGCGGAUCCCUGAUGCAGUCCCACCUCCACCUUAAAUUCUUCUGACGCACCUAUGGCACAUCUCACCGCCGUUCUGCUGCCCUCAUACAUGUCCUGUACUGUACUGUUGUUUUUUUUUAUACAAGUAUCUCUCAACUUGUACUGGAGUACAGUCCAAGGAAUUUACCACUCCAAACAGGAAGGGGCUCAGCGCGGAUCCCUGAUGCAGUCCCACUCCCGCCUUAAAUUCUUCCGACGCACCUAUGGCACAUCUCACCGCCGUUCUGCUACCCUCAUACAUGUCCUGUACUAUUCUAACAUAUUUCUCCGCCACACCAGACUUGUGCUUGAUGCAGUACCACAGUUCAUCUCUUGGUACUCUGUCGUAGGCUUUCUCUCAGUCUACAAAGACACAAUGUAGCUCCUUCUGACCUUCUCUGUACUUUCCCACAAGCAUCCUCAAGGCAAAUAAUGCAUCUGUGGUACUCUUUCUAUGAAACCAUACUGUUGCUCGCAGAUACUUACUUCCGUCCUGAGUCUAGCCUUCACCACUCUUUCCCAUAACUCCACUCUGUGGCUCAUCAUCUUUAUUCCUCCGUAGUUUCCACAGUUCUUAAAAAUGGGGACUAGCACACUUCUCCUCCAUUCUUCUGGCAUCUUCUCUCCAGUAAAUUGCAUCGCUGUAGAAUAAGAAUGGAUGAAUCCAACCAAACUCCUUAAGUACAAGGUUGGUCCCCGUGCAUUUGCCUUCCCCACAUCCUUAAUUCAUUAAAUCUGCUCCAGAUUGCCGCAGUAUAAACGCUAAAGGCGACGCAAUUCUCUUUCUUGUUCGGCAGUUAGUUUAAUUCCCCAGCCGUCGGGGUGCGCAACUCCCUCUCGCGCAAAUUGGAGUGAAUUAAUACGGCGUCUUCCCAGCGCUGAAGGUCACUGCGAUAUUUGUCUAUUAUUCUCUCAUUUUGACAGUUUUUCGGUGUUUUUAGGGAGUCCCAGAGCAGCUGUUUGGACAGGCAGCCAGCCAGCCAACGGAGAGCCAAAGUUUACUUUUGUAGCUUUUUGUUUAGUAAAAGCGUGAGAAUCCAACGCCGGGUCCACGACUCGUCUCGAGAUCCUGCUAAACUGUCCCAACCGGAUUGAAACUCCGAUUAGAAUUUCUCAAGAUCAUUUUACGGACCCGUCCGAUAAUCGGCUGCUUGUUGACUUUCUCAUCGGAAAAUGUGGAAAAUUUGGUCCACCCCACAGGAUAAACUUUCUCGAGGCAUCCGCCAAUCGGGCCUUUAUUGACUUUCCUUGCGAGAAAGUGGAAAUGUUCAAAUUUAGCAGCCCUGAUUGAGGGAGGAAGAAUAAAUCUUAAGCCAUCCUGCACCACCUCCCUCAGACCACAGGUCUCAAACUCAAGGCCCGGGGGCCAGAUCUGGCUCGCUACAUGAUUUUAUGUGGCCCCCGUAGCCAAAUCUAUUGUGAAUUUCCAUGAUUCUUGUCAAAAAUCAGUUCCAAAAUUUCAAAUUGUCAUAUAAAUGAUAAAGUGGGGAUAUUACCCUUGAUUUCUUAUUCCAAAUCUAGUUCAUAAAUUGAUGGUGUCAAUGUGAUGAUUAAAUAUUUUUCUUCCGCAGUCAUAACGGCCCCCUGAGGGAAACCGGGACAAAGAUGUGGCCCACGAGAAAAAUGAGUUUGACACCCCUGUUUUUCGAUACAUCCCACAAUCGGGGUCGUUCCUGACUUUGACGGUAAAGUGAUAGAAAACUCCUGAAUUUGGUCCGAUUAUCUGCAUUUGUGCGCCCUGUGAUGCCAGACAGGGGAUUUUCCUCACUAAUGGGUUCGAAAAGUACUUGAAACGAUCUUUUUCGCCAGGAAACCUCGCUGCCGGGGUGAACCCGGUACGGCAAUCGGGGGAAAAAGUUGCUUUUGUCUUUACUUGAAAGCCACAAAGCUCUGGACUUUGUCUCGUUUGAAUACAAAUGACACACGGGGGAUUUAUUUAGGUUUUAAAGGAAUCUUAUUUUAGCCAUUUUUUUUUUCCUCCAGCCAUUGUUCGAUCUUUUUAAAAGACCUUGUAAAUGUGUCUGUGACGUAAAGGAGCUGUAAAUGCCCCCCCCCCCCCAGGAAACACCCAUGUGUACAAUGACCACUCUUUUCCAUAUUUGCACUGACUCGCUGUGCAAUGUUAUUUAUUUGGAUCAUUUUACAGGCCUGUUGUCGAGAAGGAACGCGACGGUGCGAGGCCACGGCGGAUCGAUUUUUAUUUACAUAUUUGUUUCGUCUCAUUGUCACUUUGGCUCUUGCUGGUGGUCUUCAGUCAUCCCCACUCCUCUUUAAAUAUUUUUCUGUGGCGCCCCCUGCUGCUUGUGUAAGGAGGCUACAAGCUAGAGACACCCGUCCUCCAAAAUUGUAUAGACACAAGUUAAGCUGUGUGGUAUAAAAAAAAAAUUAAAAAGUCUAAUAAAUUAACUUUUAAACUAGCAGUAAAACCAACAAAAAGGAGCCCAAUGCUGACAAAUGUGAUAUAAUACUUUGAUGAUUCUUUGUGGGGGGGAAUAAGGGUGUGAAUAUAUCUGUAUAAAUAUGUAUGUUUUAAUAUUUCAAUCUCAGGUUCCAG